GCAAGGAAGACGGGACGUCGCGCACGCAAUAAAUAGUCAUAAAAAAAGACGUAUCAAUAAAAAUAUCUUUCAAGUGUUUGUGGUUUUAUGUGCAAUCAAUGUAAACAUCGUUUCACUACACUCUGACAGAGCAAUUGUAGUUUCACGAGUCGCCAAUUACAAAUCUUCAAAUUUUGCGAUAACAGUUUUAAGUGUUCUCGCUAUUGGUAAAGGCAAAAAAAAACAUAAAAUGCAGCGCUAUUACGCAGAAAGAGAAACGACAGGACCCGAGUUCGACGAUCGUUUGAUACAAUUAGUACGUGCUAAUCCUGCCAUUUACGAUGUAAGUCAUCCGCUCCGAAAUCCUGUAAGAGUGGAUAUAUGGGAUCGCAUAGCUACCGAAUUGGGCGCUUCAUCGCGUUUUCUGCAAACGAAAUGGAAAAACAUACGCUACAACUAUCUGCAAGAGAUCAAAGCUUUAGAGACGGGACAAGUCAAUCCGAAUGUGCGGAAGCGACGCUUCACCGAAGAUCUAUCCUUUCUGCAGAACACAGCCCAAACGUACAAUGUGAAAAAGGCACAGGCUUACAUUAUUAACCAGAACAGUACAGCUGGAAAUGGCAGUAGCGACAAUGAUAAUGAUAGCAACAGCUUUCUAUAUCCUGAUCCCGAACACUUACGCGUCGAUGCCUCUGACAACUACGACAUCAUAGAGCUAGAUAACAGUGAGGAUGGCUCACAACGUGGUGGUGGUGGAGGCGAUAGCGACAAUGAAAUUGUGCCCGAACUGCUUGUCAUGGAGACCAAACCUGAGUCCCUAAGUGCAACUGUCAAUGGCAACAGCAGCAGCAACAGUAACCACAACAAUACACAUGCCAGCUCACCAGCCUCGUCUCCACUACUCACGCCAAUGGUUGUCAUGGGCAAUGGCGAUGAACUGCCGCAUUUGCAGCAGGAUAGUAAGCUUAUCCAACAACAUACCAGCAACAAUACGUCACUAUCGAAUGGCGAAGUUACUAUAGAGCCGAUCUAUAAGCCAGCGCCCACACGCCGAUUUACCGGAAGCGACAUAAUGGCCAAUGCAGCCAAGCGCAAAGCAAUGGCUGCUCCAUUGCCCACACUAGCACCUAUUAACGAUCCUAUUGAACUAUAUUGCCUCUCACUGGUGGAUACGUUACGAAGCAUGCCGCGGACGGAGCGGGAACGCGUCAAAUUUGAAUUCGCUAAUAUACUUAAGGAUGCCAAGUAUAAGGAUGAGGUUUAGUUGGACUCGUAGCUGCCGCAUGCACGCACCCGUACAAGUUUGGAAUCUUUUUAAAUUCGCUCCCUAUUAACUUAGAAUUUUUACUGAGACGCUGUUAGUUUAAGUUUACUAUUAAUCAGUCAUGUGACGAAUUCCGAUUGCACUUUUGAACGAACUUUUUAUUGAUUUCUUUUUGAAACUCAUUGGGAUAAACUCCAAAUUAUUUAUGGAAUUUGUAACAUGCCUGAAUGUUUAUAUAUAAAUAAUAUAUAGUCCAUAUCUAUUCAGUUGUAUCAACACUUACAUAUAAUAAAAUACAAUGCAUAGUAG